GUCUCAGUUCAGGGUCCGUUUGGGCUUCUGGCUUUGCACUGUGUUAAACAAGAUUAUGGGAUGGACGGGAUGGGAUGUGGAGCUUUCCCAGCCAGCCCAACCACGACGAGAGCAUAACGCAUAUUUGUCGGAUCGGAUGCAGCAGCAUCCUCUCAAAAGCACUGCUUCAGCACAGUCAGUCAGACCGCCUCAACCCGCGAAGGAUGUUGUAGGAUGCCGCCGGAGGAUCCAGCCCAGCGGUCCGAGCCGUGCUAUAUUUCUGCUGAAAUAAGUCUAUUAUAGAAAUGAACCAUACUGCGAUUUAAACCGGGAACAGUGGGGGGAAAAAAAGAACAAAAAAAAAAAAACAAACUAAAAACUCUCCUCGAUUGUCUCAGUUUCAACUUGAUACCGGAGCAUGGGAGUCGUCGGCGCGGAUGCAGCUCUACACUGGCUUCAGAAGUUGGACAGCCAAACAUUUUAAUGCCAUGACUCUUGACUUUGGACAAGAUUUCCAGCGCAGUGCAGACGGCGUGCAAUAUUUUAGAAACCUAAAGGCGGACCUGUCCUCUUGUCCAGAUCAUGCGUAUUUGGAGGGUGUUAUUUGAUCAACAUGAGGCACUUAAAUAAAAUGCACCUUUAAUGUAUCUGAGGCAUGGAGGAUUAUUGAUCCCUGAAGAACCAAUGGGUGCUACUUAUUAUUCACAGUAAUGGAAUGAAGACACUAUCUUGAUAUAAUGGAUGAUAGAUGCAGUAAGCUCAUCUUGGUUCCUAUUUUAGCUGUCCUUUUUGUUAUGAUAGGUUAUCAGUACAUAUGUCCCGCCGGCAGUAAUUCGUGCCACUUUAAGACUGGGGAGAAAUUUGAGGGGGUAAGCCUACUUUCCACCCCUUACCAGGACACCGAUGAUUUCUACAGAGAUCAAGACCUGGAGGAUGACAGCCCUCCAAAAGUGCCGUCAAAAUUCAACUUCACCGAAAGAGACCUUGACAGACACGUGGAGUUCAACAUCAAAGGGGACGACGUGAUAGUGUUUCUGCACAUCCAGAAGACCGGAGGAACCACUUUCGGGAGGCACUUGGUGAGGAAUAUUCGCUUGGAGCAGCCGUGCGACUGCAAGCCAGGACAGAAGAAAUGCACAUGUCACCGACCAGGAAAAGAGGAGUCCUGGCUUUUCUCCCGGUUCUCCACAGGCUGGAGCUGCGGACUGCAUGCAGACUGGACCGAGCUAACGAACUGUGUACCUGUUAUUAUGGAUAAGAAGGAAGCCCAGAGGAAUAAAAGGAACUUCUACUACAUCACCAUGCUGCGCGACCCAGUCUCCCGCUACCUGAGUGAGUGGAAGCACGUCCAGCGUGGAGCCACAUGGAAGACAGCCCUCCAUAUGUGUGAUGGACGCUCGCCCACCCAAGACGAGCUGCCCACCUGCUACAGUGGGGACGACUGGUCUGGUGUCACCCUGACAGAGUUCAUGAACUGCCCAUCCAACCUGGCCAAUAACCGCCAGGUCCGUAUGCUGGCUGACCUGAGCCUGGUUGGCUGCUACAACCUGUCCUCUAUGAACGAGAGUCAGCGUAACCACAUCCUUUUGAGCAGCGCCAUGAGCAACUUGAAGAACAUGGCUUUCUACGGCCUGACUGAGUUUCAACGCAAGACGCAGUACCUGUUUGAGCGGACGUUCAGCCUGCGUUUCAUCUCCGCUUUCACGCAGAUCAACAGCACGCGAGCCGCCAACGUGGACCUGAGCGAGCCCGUGCGCAGACGCAUCGAGGAGCUCAACUUCUUGGACGUGCAGUUGUACGAGUAUGCGAAGGACCUGUUCCUCCAGCGUUUCCAGUUCACCCGCCAGAGGGAGCACCAGGAAGUGCGUUUGAAGAGGCGCGAGGAGAGGCGUUGGCUGAGGGAGCAAAGAGAGCAGGGCAGGCCAUGGCCGCCCAAACACAGAGUGAGCGGAAAUAGAGGCGGGAGAGGAGGUUUCGAGAAAGCGACUGAUGGUGACUUCCCCACCACCACUGAGGACUACACAAGCCAAGUGGCCCGCUGGUGAAGCUUUGGUCCCAUAAAGAGGGAGGAGUAAGAGAGAGAGCACCUGAUGGAGAUUCCUCAAAGACUAGAUGAAACAUUUCCUUUGACUCUCUCUCUCUCUCUGUCUCUCUCUCUCGCUCUUUCUCUCGCUCUUUCUCUCGCUCUCUCUCUCUCUAUCUCGCACACAUCAUCUGUCUCUCUCUCUCUGUCUCACCAUUACUCUGUCUCCUGCAUCUAUCUUUCUCAGCUUCAGUGUGAUCCAAGUGCUCUGCUGUUUCUUUAUGAAAACUGCCAAGUCUGUGAGUCUCACAGCAGCUCUGCCUUGGAGUGCCCUUUGGUGUCUUAAAUCUUUAAAUGCUGUUUAUAAUUUCUUUUUUGUUUUUUUUGUCAUUUAAUUUUUGCCUUAGUUGUUUAUCAUUCGUUGAAAAAGACUGAGACGAAACUGAGGUGAGAGAAGAAAAAAAAACUAAUCAAAAAGAGCUGCCAUAGACUGCAUUUCUUUUAAUUUUGGCAUUCACUGCAAAACUAAAGAAUGUCAUUGAAGUCAUUGUCAUUGUUGCAACUGGUAGAAAGAUGUAGUUGUAGAAGAACCCAUGGUUGCAUGUCACACAUCCACAUUAUACUUACAAUUGAGGAUAAUUAUUUCCAAAAGAUAUACUGUACUGUAAACCAAAGUGAAUAAAGAACACAAUAUAUCUAUUUGUUUUCAUUUCAUGCCAAUGAAACCUUCUCCAAGGACCAUGUCGUAUGCAUGCAGUACCCAUUUUGAAGCCAAAUUAUAGACAGAUGCUGAUAUUUUGGUCGGAGUGCAAUAUAUACAGUAUUGUUUUCUAAGUGCAAUACCUUGCAGAUUUGAACACCUCUCCCAAAGACAACAUUGUCACAAAGCCAGUCACAGUCACAAAGGGGACGUCCUGCUGAACAAAAUAACCUCCGUCUUUCCCUACACUGUUAGUAGAACAUUGUGUUUUGUUUUUUUUUUAUAUAUGAGAAAUGAAAACAAGUAGUCUGCAAUGAAAAAAGCAUAUUUUGUGAGUAAUUCAUUUUUGAAGUAGUGGGAUGCAGAUUAAAAAAAAGUUGGUAAAUAGUACAGGUGAUGAAAUGUGUCAGUGUGGCUGGUGUGUGGCUCGACUGUAAAUGAGAUGAUCAGCAUUCAGUUCUCAUGCCCCUCCCCGUCACACUGGCUGCUUUUACAUGUUUGUAGAGCUGACGGCCACUCCACUGUGGCCAGCGAGAGGGCUCUAAUGCCAGUAGAGUGCCAGCCCUACAAAGACCAGCCUCAAAGCAGAUAGUUGUGAAAUAAAACAUGCCUGUCAUUUCUCCUGCCCGAUAGUUUCCAGUCCCUCCAAUCCAAUCAGCGCGCCUAUCUGUGAGGAUGACAGAGGGCUUGCUUUUAUCUGGUUAAAUAAGCGUCAGUGAUGUGUUUUAUGCCUCUUAUCUCAUAUUCACUCAAAAUCCCUGCUUAUCAAAUUAAAUGUUCACUAAAUGUCAACACUGAAGUCAUAUAGCUGCUGCUGCUGCUGCUGCUGCUGCUGCUGCUGCUCCAACGGUUAUUUCUCAUGUUUCUUCUCUGAUUGCAGUUACUUCUAAAAUACCUCAGAUGGAACAGUUUUGUUUCAUUUUAAAGAAUCAGCCGUGUUUUGUCUUGUUUGAGUGAUUCAUCCACUGGCACAGCGAAUGAAUUGAAUGAAUACAGGAUUGAUUUGUUUGAGCAGUAUUGGUGCAUUUAGGUCUGCAUGAGUUCAGUGAGUGUGUGGAUGGAUGGGGCAGAAGAAAGACAAGGUGUAUAGCACGUUGAUAACACUUCAUCAAGUGUUUCAAGUAAUGCUAUCAGUUAGAGCUCUGAAUACUGAGUCAUUCUGUGUUUAAAUACGAAAUAUGUUCAUGUAGCCAUUUGUGAUGUAGCAGUCAAACAGCAUGUUGACAGCAUCUGAUUUAACUCCAAAUGCGUAAAUUGGGAUACUUAGUAUUUCUGUGAACUUUUGUUAUAAUUUUUUAUGCUACUUCAUUCUUGUAAUGCAGUACCUUUCAAAGGGAAAUAUUGUACUUUAAGUUUCACUACAUUUAUUCGACAAUAGUUGUUGGUUACAUGCAGCAUUAAAUUGCUGGUUAUAUGCUGAUGUAUCAUUAACAAUAACCAAUUAUAUUAAAUACAUUUUAUAUAUUCUUCUUAAUGAGAAUCUCUAUGUUUGAGAAUAAUAAUACUUUUAACCCUCAAAAAGCUAUACAUCAUCAGGACUGUGUGGGUGUCCCAACUGUACCGAUACAACAACACGCUCUGUUACAAGGAAAAAACAUAUUAUUGUAUAUGACAUUUUUAGAUGUUCAAGCAGCAUUUUAUUGUUAUAGCUGGUCGAAGUGGAGCUAGAUUUAACUGCUAACAGCUUCCUGAAAUCUGACACAUAGAAGACAGUUAGGAAUCACAAACCAAAAACACUGGCAACCACUGGUUUAAUCUCAAAAAAGUGUUGUAUUUUAUCAACAUAAUAUAUGUUUUAUGUACAAUCUUAGUCUGUAAAGUAACCACUAAUAUCUCUGUCAAAUAAAUGUAGUCAGGUAAAAAGUAAAAUCCCCCUGAAAUGUAGCGAGUAGGAGAAGCAGAAUAAAGUGGCAUAAAAUACAAAUACAAAGUGGAAGUACCUCAAAAUGCAACUUACAUACAGUACUUGAGUAAAUGUACUUAGUUACUUUCAACCACUGGAUUUAAUUGGCAGUUGCCUAGCCAGAAGGCGACGGAACAGACCCAUCAUUAUUUUAUUAUUCGUAACACUUGUGCUUUUCCUACUAGUGAAAAUGUCUGUCCAUUGUUAUAUUGUUCCUUUUACUCAGACAAAAAAAGAAUCUGUGAACUUCUAUAAUCACAUAUAGCCUACACUGUUUUGCAUUUACUGCUAAUUCUAUUGCUACUUGAACACGGAACUUUUCAUUUUAAAAUGGAAAUUGCCAAAAGGCCGUUUAUUUUGGAAAUUUCUUUUAAUAAACCGACAUGCUUCACUGCUGUGUGACAAGCUGUAGGAAUUACAAUGUUCCCCAGUGACAGAUGGCAUAAGCACUGCAUGAGCAGUAGAAGUGCCGUACAGCUAUUAAUGAAACACUAAUGAAACACUUCUUCUAGUGUUGUAAAUGUGCUAUUACCCAAGUUUUAUAUAUGUGUGUAUGCGUGUGUGUGCGUGUGUGUGUGUGUGUGUGUGUGUGUGUGUGUGUGUGUGUGUGUGUGUGAUCACUGAAUUAUUGUAGACUAAAUUAAACUCAUUAACUGUGCAUUCAUUGCCUCAGCAUAAUCAACAAUGUGUAAAUAGAAACUUACUUUUGAAAGGGUGGGAUCUCAUCAAAUCAUGAAUAAGAGGUUCCAGAGGUUAGGGUCUAUUUCCCAGUUACACUGUCACUUUCUGUCUAUGAUUUAUCUGUAUCAGCCCUCUCUGCUUACUCCAUGUCUGAACUACUGAAAAAUAAUAAAUAAAAUGAGAGUGUGCUGUUGAAAUUUAGGCUUAUUAUUUCUGUGAUUUCUAAAUGUUUGCUUCAGCAAAGCUGCUUCCGAAAAGUCUUUCCAACAAUGUCCAAGUUAAAGAAGUGAAAACUCUCAGAUUAUGGUGUAAAUAAAGUGAAAGCCAACAUGGAUUUUCACUUGAAAUUAAACUGCCAUUCCCAGAAGAGUGUGACAUGCCACUUUGUUAAAGGAGCUUUUCAAUGAACUUGUACUGCCACCUCAUGAAAGCGCAUUUUUCUGUGAAGCUGAUUGAUCUGUAUUUAUUUGUUUAUUUAUAUGAUUUUAACUGUUGCUAAAGAAUGGCUUUGCCUGAUGGAAAAUAUUACCAACACCUCAGUGAUAAUGGAAGAGAGCUUUCUUAGUGUAAGAAUUUCUAUGUACAUGUUAAAAGUCUUGUGAUGAAAUGAACAGUCGAAAAGCCUUUUGGCGUGUAAUAUUUAAUCAGCCAUCUUUCUUGUUAGACCUGAAAAAAAGAGUGAAUUCUGCAUAAGAUAUCAGAAAUAAAUGCAUUGAAUGGUCAUGACA